UUCCAGCGAAACAGACAAAAUAGAAAAAGUGUGAGCUCCAUAUUGCUUACUCAGAUAUAUACGUAUGGAUAUGGUUUAAUUCAAUCUUCAAUCUUCAAUCUCAAACACACAAAAAAUGGCGACCUUCUUCAUCUUCUUCGACGUCGCCAUCUCCCUCUGCAUCUGCUAUCUUCUCACCGCCAUUUUUGGCCACUUCCGAAGCUCCACCAACCUCCCACCAGGCCCUCCUUCAUUCCCCAUCCUCACCACUCUCCUAUGGCUCCGCCGAUCCCCUCUCCAAAUCGAAUCCCUCCUCCGCACUUUCGUCGCCAAAUACGGCCCCGUCGUCACCCUCCGCAUCGGCUCCCGCCCCUCCGUCUUCAUCGCCGACCGCCACAUCGCCCACGCCGCCCUCAUCCAGAGCGCCUCUCUCUUCGCCGACCGCCCACCGGCCCUUCCUGUGAGCAGCGUCGUCUCCAGCAACCAGCACAACAUCAGCUCCGCCUCCUACGGCCCUCUCUGGCGCCUCCUCCGCCGCAAUCUCACCUCCCAAAUCCUCCAUCCUUCGCGGGUCGCGUCCUACGGUGGAGCUCGCAAGUGGGUCUUGGAUAUUCUCCUCAAUCGCUUUCUCUCCCACCCUGAAUCGGGAACCCCCGUUUGUGUUGUCCACCAUUUUCAAUAUGCCAUGUUUUGUUUGCUUGUGCUUAUGUGCUUUGGGAAUAGGCUUGAGGAAACCAAGAUCCGUGAAAUUGAGAAUGUGAAUCGAGCGCUACUGUUACAACUUGGGCGUUUCAGGAUCCUCGAUUUCUUCCCAAAAUUGACCAAGCUUUUUCUCCGGAACAGCUGGGAGGCGUUUCUCCAACUCAGAAGGAACCAAGAGAAUGUCCUAAUCCCUUUGAUCGAAGCAAGGAGGAAGGCCAAGCAAAACAGAGCAAACAGAGCCCAAAUUGAAAAAGAAGAAGACAAAUUCGUGGUGUCAUAUGUGGAUACGCUCCUCGAUUUGAAGCUUACCGACGAGGGCAAUAGAGACCUAACAGAUGGCGAAAUGGUCAGUUUAUGCUCCGAAUUCCUCAACGCCGGCACCGAUACCACCUCCACGGCGUUGCAGUGGAUAAUGGCGAAUUUGGUGAAAUACCCUGAAAUCCAACGCAAACUUUUCGCAGAAAUCGAAGGGGUUAUGGGAAAAGGAGAGGAGGAGGUGAAGGAAGAAGAUUUGGGGAAGCUUCCAUAUCUGAAAGCUGUGGUUUUAGAAGGAUUGAGAAGACACCCACCGGGGCAUUUCGUGCUGCCACACGCAGUGAAAGAAGACACAACACUGGAAAAUUAUGCAAUACCGAAAAAUGGAACAGUAAAUUUCAUGGUGGCGCAGAUGGGUUGGGAUCCAAAAGUGUGGGAAGAUCCCAUGGCAUUCAAGCCAGAAAGGUUCAUGAAUGGCGGCGGCGGUGGCGAAGGAGAAACAAUAGCGUUUGAUAUAACAGGGAGCAAGGAGAUAAAAAUGAUGCCGUUCGGAGCAGGGAGAAGGAUGUGUCCAGGAUUGGGUGUGGCGAUGCUUCAUUUGGAAUAUUUCAUUGCCAAUUUGGUUUGGAGAUUUGAAUGGAAGGCUGUGGCCGGGGACGAUGUUGAUCUAUCGGAGAAGGUGGAGUUCACUGUCGUGAUGGAAAAGCCUCUGAAAGCCGCCCUGAAUUCGAGGUUUUAAAAUGGUCUGUUUUUGCUCAGCUCGACAUUGAUGAGAAGAAAGACCUCUAUCUUGGAAGCUACUACAUAAUUAAUGUAACACUAUCAUAGUAUAAAAAAAACAUACGUCACUCAUAGCAUUUAUUUUCAUCUAUGAAAUAGAUUAGUAUUUGGUCCAUAAAUAGUGUGGGAGGAUAUAGUUUCAUAUGGUUACAUGUCAGAAUCAAUUGUAAAAGUAGUAAUUAUGAUCUAUUAUAAAUCUGGUAAGGUCUUCUUUUUAAGAUAAA